AUGCGUCGCGUUGUCGUGACGGGUUUGGGCGCGGUCACGCCACUGGGCGUUGGUAUGUCUUCCUAUGCUGCUCUCCUCUACCUAGACACAGCUUCACCACCAACCCCAUCGCGUCGCGACAUCUCCCUUCUCUCCAUGGAUCAUUGUCCGAGGGCCCCCGAUAGAACUAUUGCGCCCGCGCGACCGGAGCACGCACCGCAACCCCAGACUGCGGGCUGGGCUGGUCUUCGUCGGACAUGGAAGCGUUUACUCGACGGUCACUGUGGAAUCGUGAAUGUUAAUCAUCGUGAUGCCCGCUUCAAGGAGGUGCCUUGUCAGAUUGCCGCUGUUGUGCCGCAGGGAAGUCGCAAAGAUGGUGGCUGGACAGCAUCGGAGUGGUUGAGUCGUGGGGAUGAGCGCAAAAUGGCUAUGUUUGCACAGUAUGCCAUGGCGGCUACAGAGGAGGCUUUGGAAGAUGCGGGGUGGAAGCCCGAGCCUUUUGAGCAGAGGGAAGCGACGGGUGUCUGUCUCGGCUCUGGUAUUGGAAACUUCGAUGAGAUUUAUGACACUGUGGUCGCAUACGAUAAAGGGGGCUAUAAGAAAGUCAACCCACUUUUCGUACCCAAACUGUUGAUCAACCUUGGCGCGGGCCAUAUCUCCAUGAAGUAUGGAUUCAUGGGUCCAAACCAUGCCGCCACAACAGCUUGCACAACUGGCGCCCACUCUGUCGGCGAUGCAGCCCGCUUCAUUGCCUGCGGCGAUGCCGACGUAAUGGUCGCCGGCGGCGCCGAGUCCUGUAUACAUCCAUUAGCCAUUGGUGGCUUUGCCCGGGCUCGAAGUCUGGCCACCGACUUCAACGAUAAUCCCGCAAAGGCUUCCAGGCCAUUCGAUGCAGACCGUAAAGGCUUCGUCGUUGGUGAAGGUGCAGCAGUCCUCGUCCUCGAAGAACUUGAGCAUGCCCGCUCUCGAGGCGCCCAUAUCUACGCCGAAAUCAAGGGCUAUGGCUGUUCUAGUGACUCGCAUCACAUGACUGCACCCAAGGAGAACGGCGAAGGCGCCUUCAUGGCCAUGAAAAAGGCUCUCAAGCAAGCACAGAUCACGCCCGCGUCGGUGGACUAUGUCAAUGCGCACGCGACCUCCACGAUUGUCGGCGAUGCUGCGGAAAAUGCAGCCAUCAAGUCACUUCUUCUUGGGCCUGACGGUAAGAAGGAGGCGCAAGAUGUCAAUAUCAGCAGUACCAAGGGUGCUGUGGGACAUCUUCUUGGUGGUGCGGGUGCUAUUGAAGCUGCUUUUAGUGUUCUUGCUAUUCAAGAUAAUGUUAUGCCACCGACUAUUAAUUUGAAUCGUUUGGCGGAUGGCUUCGACUGCAACUAUGCCGCGAAUGAGGCGCAAUCCAGAAAGAUCGAUGUUGUUUUGACGAAUAGUUUUGGCUUUGGCGGGACGAAUAGUAGCUUGUGCUUUGCUCGGCAUGAGAAAUAG